AUGAACUUAAUUACAAUUGUGGCAAUCGUAGCAUUGCUCAGCAAGCGAUUGAUACGAUGUGACGAAUGCAAUACGGAUUUACUUCAACUCGCUUUUCCGGAUCCGGAUUAUGUGAUAUAUGGAUUACGUGAAGAUAAAAAUAUGCUUAUUUUACCGAGUGAUAUUGCAAGUAAUAGAUCAGUUAUGAUGGGAUUAAAAGAUUUGUUAGACGGUGGAAUUUCUACUAAAUCAGAAGAGGACAAUGACCAUUUUUAUGCGAUAUUAAUUGAAGUACAGGGCUUAUUACAAUUUAUAACUCUCUGGCAAGAAAAAGCUCCCAGUGCGGGUAAAUUAUAUUCGCUUACACGUCUCUCAUAUUUCGGAGCGUUUCGAUUGGCAUUCACACCAACACCAACUAAAAUUAUACAUGAAACAAAAUUGAUAACAUUGAUGUAUUUCUCUGAUUUGAGCCAUCAACAAUUCCAUUUUAAAACAACUCGUGAUAGCCGACUUUUUCUACAGCAAAUAGGUGAUUUUGACGGACAAUAUGAAAUUGUUUUUGGGAGGAUAGGAAUGAAAUUGUUCAUUGAUAAAAUCUCUAAAAAUUCCGAUCCAUUUAUUGAACCAACUACUAAUAUUAUGGCUGUUAGUAACGAAACAACUAAAUGGCUUGCAAGACGACAGAAUUCAAAGAAACCAAGAAUCGAUUGCAUCGUUGAAAUAAGUAGUAAAUAUGGGCUUGGUAUUUUGUAUAGUCGUAAAAAUCUUGUCAGUGCUUAUUAUAAAAUGGGAGAUUCGGCAUUUGAUUGUUAUCAUGAUACAGAAGUAAGUCCAAUACAUCAAAAGGGAUCAAUUUAUUUGGGAUUCCGAAAUGGUUACUUAUUUUCCUAUCGCAUAAAUAACGAAAAGGAAAAAUUCUCAGAAAUAUUACUUGCACUCGAUCUUUCACAUCGUACUCCUGAAACUAAAGAAUUUGGUAAGGAUGAUGAGUUACACUUGUUUUCAAUCAAUGGUAUAGAAACAAUUGCUGUAAUUUGUGGUCCAACAACAUAUUAUCAAAUAUAUGAUAUGAAUCCACGGAAUGGUUUCAAAACUCUCUAUUUGGAAAAGAGUAAUAUGACUAUAGUCAAGGAGCUAACGAAAAAAUGCCGAAAAGUUGAUUAUAAUGCGAAAGAAGCCAAGCUGAUUUUUUUCAUUGACAUUUCUACGGCCUAUGAAUUGCAGCUAAAUAUUAAUCGUAACGGAGAACUAAAACAAUUUCCGGAUCCUAAACUGAAUCGUUAUGACAGCUAUCGUGGAAACAAGAUUCUAUAUGAAGGAAUUGAAAGCCAAUGGCCACUUCAUCUUCGAAAUGGUCGAAAAUUAUUUUAUAAUGAUAGAUCAGCUCAGAGAACUGUUGACAGAAUAAAAACAUUGACUAAUUAUGGUAAUUAUGUUAAGGCGCUUUUAUAUUUUCCGAAGGAAUACAUCGAAGAUGAAUAUAUGGAAGUAUUUCAUAAAGAUUAUCCGAUAGCAUUCUAUGGAAUAGUUAACUGUACCGCUUUUGUGAUAAUGAAACUUGUAGAUUUCGAUAAACUAAAAUUGCAAGGAGAUGGAUGUGAUAGAUCAUAUCAUAUGCGUGCAAUUCUUUUGGAUUCAUACAUGACUAUUCUACGAACCGAAGAUGGCAUAAAUGUUCAAGGAGUACGACUUAAAGUAUCAAUUGAUCAUAAUGAUGUUGAAAAUGGAAUAAAAUCUAAUGGAAUUGUUGCUUAUAUGCAUAAUUUAACUGAUGCAGAAUUUGAGCAAAGUAAUUGGUUCACUAUUGCACCAAAUACAUUUGAUACCAUUCAUAACAUUGAUGACUAUACGUAUUAUCAGUAUCAACCGCGUACUAAUUGCACAUAUCAUUUUCGAAGGCGCAAAAUAACAAAGAGAGCACAAAAACAUAUUAAAGACUAUCCAUUUCCCGCAUUAGCGUAUCCUUGCGAUUUUGAAAUGUUCUCAGCAAUGUAUGAUGAAAUAGCUCAUGCAGUAGUUUAUAUUAUGAAGAGCAAAAAUAAGACUAUUAUGGUGACACCGAAUGUGAUAGUUACUGAUAAGCUGAAAAAUAUUCAAAAUGAAAAGUUUUUGUCUCAUUUUAUCUACUCUACAACAUUUCCAUAUAUUGUUUACAAUGUAAAAAUAACACUCGAUGUUAAAUUUGCUUCACUUGGUAGUUACGCCGGGAAAAUUCUCUAUCGAGAAAGUGAUGUAGUGCAUAUUUUGCCUUGGGAUGAUGAAGAAAUUGAAGAAUCAAUGAAUGAUACAUGGAUAUCUGUAACGAAAGCUCUCGCUAGAAGAGAUUUUGAAAAAGUUGCAUUUGGAGUAGAAAGUGAACUUAUUGAAAGACCAGAACUUCGCACCCGAAAAUGCAAACUUCUAAAUGCGCCUUAUUUCAUGGCAUUUGUAUUGAAAAUUUCUGUCCUGGAUGUGCUGCUUUUAUUGAUUUUAAUCAUUCUUAUUAUUUAUCAUCGAGCUUAUAUUAUACCGGCACGACGUCGUUAUAAGAUUAAAAUGGGUAUACUAAGGCAUCGUAAAAAGCGUAAGCUACGUGAUCGUGCACGUCGACGUCUUCGAAAAUUGAAUUUGUUACGUCGUAAACGAAAGAAGGAAAUGGAAGCAAAGCGAAAAGCUCAACUUAUUGCUAUGAGUAAAAAGAAGAAAUCAUCAACAUCUAGCAGCGAUUUAAUCACAGUAGCAGCUGAUGAGCAUGCAAAAGCUCUUGCAAGUUUGUCACUAACACAUACAUAUUUAAUUAGUGGUGGAAUGCUUUUUAGUUGCUGCAUUUUACCGCUUCUUUAUUUUUGGUUCUGUCAUCCGUAA